AUGGCGACGGAAAAGAGAGUGGGAUGGUCGUCUAACUUAGUGGGAAACCCAAACGAUGGGCCGUGGUGGGGGUUUGAAACACAUACAUACUUCGCCUGCCAGAAAAAUAUACAAAUCCGGGGUCAGACACCAAGGUCCCUGAAUUGCUCGGCGACUUGGGUUUCUCUCAUCGAGCCUGCGACCGGUGCCAUGGCCAAAAGUUGCGUUAAUACUCAGCAGCAGCAGUCUCAACCCCAUGCCAAUGGUGAUAGUACACGACAGCAUCAUGUCAAUCAAGAACAAGGCCCGAAUGAUACCAACGACGAGCAUUCAGACCACUUCGAUUAUCUGCCGACGAGUUUGCUGGAUAUGCCGACCGACUUGAAUCUUGGAAUGGAUCCUUCCUCGUUACAAGCCGAUAUCCAUCCUGCACUGACGGGUCCAUACGGUCCCGGAGGCAGUCUCCACACGAGUCAACCGUCAUGCCCUCAACCAUCGUCUCAUCUGAGGACUGCUGAACAAGCGGGACAGACACGCUGGAGGGACGCUCCCAAUCCAGAUACGUCUGACGACUUGUACGACUUCUCCUUACCUGCUACGAUGCGCUCCUCCUUCCCCCCGACCUAUCACAGACAUCGUGGUCAAGAACUGGAUCCUUGCGGUGGCACUGGAAGAGAAAUCCGAGGCACGAGAAACAAAGUAUAUGAUUCGCACUCUCGGUUUGACAUUUGA